AUGACGAUGAAGUUGCUUUGUUCAGAGCUGAGUCCGGAAUCAUUUUCAGAAGACGAGUUCAUUCAUGCUCUUCUAUACGAUGUGCUCGAUCCGUUCAUUCACCAGCGAAUCGCGGUUUUGUUUGGCUCGUUCUCUGCAAAAUCACCAAAUGCACCAUUCUUUUGCGUUCGACCGUGGGUUGUGCAAAUGGAACAUUACGGCUAUAAUGAUAUGUGCCUUGGAGACUUCCUUAAAAACCUUUUCUAUAAUAUUGAAUUUAGAUUCUGCUUCAAUAAAGACUAUCAGUGUCCGUCGACAAACUGUGAUGUUUCGAUGUUGGAUCAUUCGCGUAAAAUGGUUUAUCGUAACGUUUGUAUCGAAAUAACCACACAAAAUUACAUACAGCCAAUCGAUGACAUCAAUGCAAUAUCGCAGUCUAUUGCCGAACAAGCUUCGCAACUUCUCUCUUGGCUCUAUUGUCCAAUGUUUGUGCAUUUCACUGAUUUGAUUUCGCUUAUUUCGAAUGAUUUCACUGAGUUGAGUAAACGGAUCAUUCAGAUCGAUAUCACAUCGUUGAAUUUCAGUUGUAAAGCGUCAUCGAGCAUAGUGCAGUUGAAUGAUGCAGUAGUGAAUAUUAGCUUUGCUAAGUAUCUUGAUUACCUGGCCAAUGGAAUGUGCGCCAGUUGCAGUAUUUCGUCGUUUAAUAGAGUACGUCCAUAUCACGUGACAUUCAGUCCAGUGGUGUGUACCGUAGACCCACUAUUGUUCACUCGUAAGUUUGUUGAUGAAACCGAAAAUGAAAUUCGCGCAACGGCAGAUUCGGUAUUCAGCAAAAUGAUUUCACAAUUGGAACAGUUCAAACAGACGACUGAUUAUCAACGAUACGUCUCAUUUUAUGCUCUCCUAUCAUCACUUGUUCAGCAAACACAAACUGAUUUCAGGUUAUUUUCAUACCUCAUUCACUCAGUUGUUCGGUGA